GCGGGGAGCGGCCGCGGCCUGAGGUCGCCAUGGGCAGAGGCGGCGGUACCUUCGAGCGUCUCCUAGACAAAGCCACCAGCCAACUCCUGCUGGAGACAGAUUGGGUGUCCAUCCUGCAAAUAUGUGACAUGAUCCGCCAGGGAGACACUCAAGCAAAAUACGCAGUGAGUUCCAUCAAGAAGAAAGUCAACGACAAGAAUCCUCACGUGGCCCUUUACGCGCUGGAGGUCAUGGAGUCCGUGGUGAAAAACUGCGGCCAGACGGUCCACGACGAGGUGGCCAACAAGCAGACCAUGGAGGAGCUGAAGGAGCUGCUGAAGAGGCAAGUGGAAGCCAACGUGCGCAAUAAGAUCCUGUACCUGGUGCAGGCCUGGGCUCACGCCUUCCGGAACGAGCCCAAGUACAGGGUGGUCCAGGACACCUACCAGAUCAUGAAGGUCGAAGGUCACGUCUUCCCGGAAUUCAAGGAGAGCGAUGCCAUGUUUGCGGCGGAAAGGGCCCCCGACUGGGUGGACGCGGAGGAGUGUCACCGGUGCCGGGUGCAGUUCGGCGUGGUGACCCGCAAGCAUCACUGCCGGGCUUGCGGACAGAUCUUCUGCGGGAAGUGCUCUUCCCGGUAUUCCACCAUUCCCAAGUUCGGGAUCGAGAAAGAAGUGAGGGUGUGUGAGCCCUGCUACGAGCAACUCAACAAGAAAGCCGAAGGCAAAGCGGCCUCCACCACCGAGCUGCCGCCGGAGUAUCUGACCAGCCCCCUGUCGCAGCAGUCGCAGCUGCCCCCGAAGAGGGACGAGACCGCCCUGCAGGAGGAGGAGGAGCUGCAGCUGGCCAUCGCCCUGUCCCAGUCGGAGGCCGAGGAGAAGGAGAGGAUGCGCCAGAAGACGACGUACCCCAUGUACCCCAAGGCGGAUCCCACCCCGGUGACCUCGUCCGCUCCGGCUCCCGGCAGCCUCUAUUCUUCCCCUGUGAACUCGUCCGCCCCGCUGGCCGAGGACGUCGACCCCGAGCUGGCCCGCUACCUCAACCGGAACUACUGGGAGAAGAAGCAGGAGGAAGCGGGCAAGAGCCCCACGCCCUCGGCCCCCGUGUCCGUGGCGGACGCCGCCGCCGCCGCCACCCCGCCGCCCGGGGAAGGCCACGCGGCCCCCGCCCCCGGGGCGGAGACGCCCCUCCCGGAGCCGGACGCUCAGCCCCUACCGCCUUCCGCCGGCGGCGGACACUUCGCUGAGCAAUACCAGAACGGGGAGUCGGAGGAGGAGCACGAGCAGUUCCUGAAGGGGCUGCAGAACGCCGUCACCACCUUCGUCAACCGCAUGAAGAGCAACCACCUGCGCGGCCGCAGCAUCACCAACGACUCGGCCGUCCUCUCCCUCUUCCAGUCCAUCAACAACAUGCACCCCCAGCUCCUCCACCUCCUCAACCAGCUGGACGAACGCAGGUUGUACUACGAGGGGCUGCAGGACAAACUGGCCCAGGUCCGCGACGCCCGGGGAGCACUGAACGCCCUGAGGGAAGAGCAUCGCGAGAAACUGCGCCGGGCGGCGGAGGAGGCCGAGCGGCAGCGCCAGAUUCAGCUGGCCCAGAAGCUGGAGAUCAUGAGGCAGAAGAAGCAGGAAUACCUGGAAAUGCAGCGUCAGAUGGCCAUCCAGCGCCUGCAGGAGCAGGAGAAGGAGCGGCAGAUCCGCCUGGAGCAGCAGAAGCAGACGAUUCAGAUGCGCGCCCAGAUGCCGGCCUUCUCCCUCCCCUACGCCCAGCUGCAGGCCGUGCCGGCUUCGGGGGGCGUCCUCUACCAGCCGUCGGGCCCGGGCAGCUUCCCGGCCACCUUCAGCCCCGCGGGCUCCGUGGAAGGCUCCCCCAUGCACACGGUGUACAUGGCUCAGCCGGGCCAGGCGGGCGGCGGGCCCUACCCCAGUCUGCCCGCCGCGGGCACAGAGCCCAGCAUGGUGAGCGCCUACAUGUACCCGGCGGGCACCGGCGGCGGGCAGGCGGCCCAGGCGGUGCCCACCACCAACCCCGCCUACUCCUCCUACCAGCCCACCCCGACCCAGGGCUACCAGAACGUCGCCUCCCAGGCCCCCCAGAGCCUCCCGCCCCCCAUUUCCCAGCCGCCGCCGCCGCCGCCGCCGCAGUCGGGCGCCCUGGGCUACCUGGGGAACCAGUCGGUGUCCAUGGGCUACCAGCCCUACGGCAUGCAGAACCUGAUGACGACCCUCCCCGCUCCGGACUCGGCUCUGCCCCCUCAGCAGCCCUACCUCUCGGGCCAGCCGCCCAUGUACCAGCAGAUGGGCGCGCCCAGUGGGCCCCCCCAGCAGCCCCAGCCGGCGGCCCCUCAGCCCCCGCCGCCCCCGCCGCCGGGCGCGGGCGAGGCCCAGCUCAUCUCCUUCGACUGACCCCCGGGGCCCGGCCGGCCCGGGAGGCGGGCGGCCCCGUGCCAGCGCCACACACUACCAUCCAUCCGGAACGACUCGCGUCCCUAACUCGC